GGAAUCCUUACAGUGCGCAUAUACAUAUAUAAAUAUAAAAAAAUUUAUAUAUAUAUAUGCCUAGUUUCCAACACACCUCACAAACCUGAGGAUGCCGUAGAUUCAGGCGAAACGUCAGGAGAGAGUGCUGCUGGGGGAACAUGGCUGUGUGGAAACCUCACAGCAACCCCACCUAUCUACAGUAUUUGUCUCUCUUUUCUUUCCUUUAUUUUGAGUCCCCCUUUUGCACUCUGCCCAUGCUCAGAGGCACGGUUUGGGGAAAGCCUUUAGCAAUGAUUGACAGCAGUUGCUCCCGCCCCCCUCCCUGUGCUCCUUUUUCUGCGCAUGCGCAGCUGGUCCCAAUCCUGGGAAGAAGCAGCAGCAGAAGAGCAAAGGGAGGCGACCCCAUUAAAAAGCCCGAGCCAUGCCGGCCCGGCUUGUGGCGCGCCCCCCUUGGGCCCGUCCGUGGCCCCGUGGCCCCUAGGGAUGUGUGGGUGGGCCCCCGGUCCCCCCCGGCCUCGGCCAUGAGCGUGGGGCUGGAGCGCAACGCGGUGGCCUGGCUGUCCUGCGCGGGGCUGUCGGUGUUGGCCAACGCCUGGGGCAUCCUGAGCGUGAUGGCCAAGCAGAAGAAGUGGAAGCCGCUGGAGUUGCUGCUGUGCGCCCUGGCCGGCACCCACGCCCUCAACGCGGCCGUGCCCCUGGCCCUGUACGCCGUGGUCACCCUGCGCCGCCUGCGCUCCGGCUACCAGUGGAACGAGGGCCUCUGCAAGGUCUUCGUCUCCACCUUCUACACCCUCACCCUCGCCACCUGCUUCUCCGUCACCUCCCUCGCCUACCACCGCAUGUGGAUGGUGCGCUGGCCCGUCAACUACAGGCUGAGCAACGCCAAGAAGCAGGCCAUGCACACGGUGAUGGGCAUCUGGAUGGUGUCCUUCAUCCUGUCCACGCUCCCGGCGGUGGGCUGGCACGACACGGCGGAGCGCUUCUACGCCUUGGCCGAGUGCCGCUUCCUGGUGGCCGAGAUCGGCCUGGGCUUCGGGGUCUGCUUCCUGCUGCUGGUGGGGGGCGGCCUGGCCGUGGGGGCCGCCUGCGCCGCACUCGCCCUGGCCCAGACCUGCGCCCUGCGCUCGGGGCGGCCCGGCGGGGACGUGGUGCCCGCCAUCGUGGUGCAGGACGCCCAGGGCAAGCGCCGCUCCUCCCUCGAGGGCUCCGAGCCCCUCCGCACCUCCCUCCAGGUCACCUACCUGGUCGCCGGCAUCGUCUGCAUCUACGACUUCCUCAUGGGAUUCCCCGUCCUGGUGGUGAGCGUGGCCAGCCUGCGCUCGGACGUGUCUCACGAGUGGAUGGUGCUGUGCGUGCUGUGGUGCUCGGUGGCGCAGUCGCUGCUCCUCCCGCUCUUCCUCUGGGCCUGCGACCGGUACCGGGCCGACGUCCGCUCCGUCUGGGAGAAGUGCCUGGCCCUCAUGGCCAACGACGAGAGCGCAGAAGGAAGCAGCCUGGACGGGGCCGUCCGUGCCGACCUGCUGUCCGAGCGCCCCUACGACUGCGGCCUGGCCGGGGACGCCUUGACCCUGGAGCACAUCGCCAAGUACGACCUCUCCGCCCUGGAGAGGGGCCUCCCCCAGACCUACGCCCCCAAGACCCCCGCCCAGGACAGGAUGCAGUACCUGCAGGUCCCCCCGACGCGGCGCUUCUCCCACGACGACGAGACGGACGUCUGGACCACGAGCCAGAUCUCGGCCUACCUGCAGCGCUGGGGGGCGGCCGGGCCGGAGAUGGUGGCGGGCCUGGCGCAGCUUCUUCUCCCGCUGCCGUCUCAGGGCCUGGAGCGCCGCGGGAGUUUGCUCUCCUUCCAGGAGGACGGCGGCCGCCCGCACCGCAAGCGCCACCGCCGGCGCUCGGCCGAGAGCACCCUCUCCUUGCGGCUUUUCGACUUCCCGGAGGAGGCCGUCGCCGACGCCGCCGAGAAGCCCCCGCCGCUGCGCUCGGCCUCGGUCUCGCUGCUGGACGCCUUCCCGCUGACCUGCUUCGAGCGGGAGCCCCUCUCCGGACAGCACGGACUCCGGGCGCCGGAACGGAUCCGUAUCGAGUUAUGCGAGGACGAGCCUGGCGACGGACGGGACUCCAGCCAGGACGCUUUCCCGGCGGGGUUGGGACCCUCGCGGUGCCAGAACGGGAGCAAAGGCAGCACAAGCAGCUUCCUGAGCUCGCCGUCGUCUGGGUACGUGACGUUCCACUCGGACUCCAGCGGCUCGGCGUCUUAGACCCCGGAAACCUCCGCCGUUUGGUUCCCAAAGUACCAAAGAGAGGGUCCCCGACGUGUUUCCGACGUGACUUCUUGCCUCUUGAGCAUGGAUUCAGAAUCCCGGUUGCAUGCGCGCCUUCGUCGUCCAGACCUCGGACAGUAAUCAGGG